UGACUCAAGAGGUACUUAUGAGUGUUGUCACUAUUGUGAACAGGGCCAUCCACACCAUUCCAAGGCUGAUUAUAGCCCAUUCGCACCGCGGAGAACUAGUAUCAGCUGCAAUGUCUACUCGUGCUAGAUCACCAACAUCCGAUCAUGACGUCCCUACGCCAUCGGAGAAGAAGAUGCGAAUGGAGGAGCAUACCAUAGAUGAGUCUGAUGUAACAAAUGAAAAGACGAAUAAUAGCGUUCUCGUGCCGCCCGGACCCUCCAAGAAAGCAUCGAGAUUAGCGAAGAGGAAGCAGAAGCAGAAGCGUGUCUUGCCAGAGCCUUACUCCCCAGAUGAUGUUCUAUGGCGUGACAUAGUCGCGCUACUAGGAAACGAUACAGUCGACCAUGCUCUGCAACAUGGCACCGAGUGGGAUUCGCCGUUUGAUUUCCGUGAAGAGGUAGAGGUAGAAGUAUCUAAUUUAUCUUCCAAUGGCGAUGCGCUGGCACGUUCCCCUGCUUCUCAUCCUCCUUGGGUGAUCGUUGCACCAUUCGCAUUACCAGGGGAAAUAAUCCGUGUUCGAGUUUAUCGCAGUUCGCGUCUACAUUCAUUCGCCGACCUUCUUGAAGUCAUUUCCCCAAAUCCUGACCUGCGCGAUGACAGCCGUGCGAAGUGCCGCUAUUUUGGACAAUGUUCGGGUUGCCAAUAUCAGAUGCUUUCUUACGACACUCAACUCGGAAUCAAGCGUGACGUGGUCAUAAAAGCCUAUCAGAACUUCUCAAACCUCCCCCAGGAAUCCAUUCCAGACGUGCUUCCAACCAUAGCCUCGCCACUUCAAUACGGCUACCGCACGAAAAUAACACCGCAUUUUGAGGCCCCACCGAAAAAAGCACGCAAGGACGCUGAAUCAAGUUCAGCCACUUCGACAGAUAAGCCGGGUUGGCUGAAGAUCGGUUUUAAUGAAAUCGGCAAGCGGACAGUGCUGGAUAUUGAGGAGUGUCCUAUUGCGACCCCUGUGUUAAACGCAGUACUUGGACCUAUAAGGGAGGAUAUAAUCAAGAAUAUCUGGGGCUAUAAGAAAGGUGUUUCGUUACUUCUCCGCGACUCCAUUGAGCACUUGCCUUCCGAUAUUUCGUCUAUUCCCGCUCCAGAGGACGAGAAGCACAUCUGCAUCACGAACCACAAGGCAACUGUCCGCGAACGCGUAGAUUCUACGUAUUUCGAGUUUCCAGGGCAUUCGUUCUUUCAGAACAACAAUUCGGUGCUUGUCCCGCUUACCUCAUACGUAAAAGACGCAAUCUUCCCUUCCUCGGCAUCGUCUGGGCCCACGCAUCUCGUGGACGCGUACUGCGGUUCAGGUCUCUUCUCGUUGAUGCUCGCGCCACAUUUCGACACUGUCGCAGGUAUUGAGCUCUCCGCCGAGUCAAUCAAGUCUGCUACGUCGAAUGCUAUUAUCAACCGCCUCCCGGAAGGGAAAUGUUCUUUUCUGGCGGGUGAUGCAGCGAACAUAUUCUCGACCGUUUCGCACUUCCCCCCAGACAAAACAGCACUGAUCAUAGACCCACCGCGAAAGGGCUCUGAUGAGCCAUUCAUCGAGCAAUUGGUUCGCUUUGCAUGUAGCACAGUGGUAUACGUGAGCUGCAAUGUGCAUACGCAAGCGCGUGAUGUGGGGAUGAUUAUGGAGAAGAUGGAGAGGGAAGGCGGUGGGAGGAAAUAUGUCCUGGAGAGCUUGAGGGGAUUUGAUUUGUUCCCACAGACUGCACAUGUGGAGAGCGUAGCGGUCUUGAGGUUGGUCUAGGCUCACCGCGUGUAUGGUGUUAAUACGUACGCAAGGUAUCAGGUGCUGAUAUCAGAGUGAUAAUCAGACCUUAUCAGCGACGAUAUGCCGUUCACAAAAGGGAAAGCCUCUCGAAGCACUUGUUUCAUUUCAUUGUGCCAACCGAGCUCAUCGAUCGCGUGAACUUUAGGACCCCGGCUGCUCUUCAUACUACGCAUGUCCGCAGAUGUCCGCCCAUUUUUUUAACAAUUUGCUCCCGGUGCGCGGCAUUUUUGACUCUUCAAAGUGCCUUGAAG